GUCAGCGCCACUGCGGCUCGGCGGGCGCGUCACGUGGCUGGCGCGGCGCGGCCUCCCGGCUCCGGGCUUAGGCGAGGGGCCGGCCGGGAGGACGGACGGACCGAUCGACGCACCCUCGUUGACAUCGUGCGGCGCGGCGCGGCGCGGGCGGCCCGGGGACCGACGGGCAGGCGCACCGGGGCAUGGGCGCGCCGGAGGUCUCGGUGUGCAGGCAGGGCUGGGUGCGCCGGCCGGGGCUCGGGGACAGCGGCGGGCUCAGGUCUUCCCUGGCGACCGCUGCUGAGCCCCCGCGGGGCCCGUGACGCCGCGGCCGAUGUGGCCCAGCGCGUUGCGGGCCUGCACCGCCGCUGCACAAAGACGCCGCCGCAGCCGCCGCCCGCACCCCGGCCGCAGCCGCCGCGCCAGCCCUAGCCCCAGGCGGAGUCCCGGCCGCAGGGCAGCAGGCGUCCGCGCGCGGCCGGCCACGGCAUGGAGAAGCGCGCGGCCGCGGGGCCGGAGGGGGCGCCGGGCGCCAGGGCGCCGCUCGCAGUCGUCUGCCUGGUGAACCUCUUUCUCACUGGGAGACUCAGCAGUGCAGUUCCUGCCUUAGCUGCCUGCAGUGGGAAGUUGGAACAGCACACUGAACGGCGAGGGGUUAUCUACAGCCCAGCCUGGCCCCUCAACUACCCUCCAGGCACCAACUGCAGCUGGUACAUUCAAGGUGACCGUGGUGACAUGAUCACCAUCAGUUUCCGAAACUUUGAUGUAGAGGAGUCUCACCAGUGUUCCCUGGACUGGCUCCUGCUGGGCCCAGCAGCUCCCCCUCGCCAGGAGGCCUUCCGCCUCUGUGGUUCAGCCAUCCCACCAGCCUUCAUCUCUGCCCGUGACCACGUCUGGAUCUUCUUCCACUCAGACGCCUCCAGUUCCGGCCAGGCCCAGGGUUUUCGCCUCUCCUAUAUCCGAGGGAAGCUGGGUCAGGCAUCCUGCCAGACAGAUGAGUUCCGCUGUGACAACGGUAAAUGCUUGCCUGGUCCUUGGCAGUGCAACAUGGUGGAUGAGUGUGGAGAUGGCUCGGAUGAGGGUAACUGUUCGGCACCUGCCUCAGAGCCACCAGGCAGCCUGUGCCCCGGGGGCACCUUCCCGUGCAGCGGAGCUCGCUCCACACGCUGCCUGCCGGUAGAGCGGCGCUGCGACGGCACCCAGGACUGCGGUGAUGGCUCUGAUGAGGCUGGCUGCCCCGACCUAGCAUGUGGCCGGCGGCUAGGCAGUUUCUACGGUUCCUUCGCCUCCCCAGACCUGUUUGGUGCCGCCCGUGGGCCUUCGGACCUUCACUGCACAUGGCUGGUGGACACGCAGGACCCGAGGCGUGUGCUGCUGCAGCUGGAGCUACGACUGGGUUAUGAUGACUAUGUCCAGGUGUAUGAAGGCCUGGGCGAGCGUGGGGACCGUCUGCUGCAAACGCUUUCCUACCGCAGCAACCACCGGCCUGUGAGCCUGGAAGCAGCGCAGGGCCGCCUCACUGUGGCCUACCAUGCUCGCGCCCGCAGUGCUGGUCACGGCUUCAACGCCACAUACCAGGUGAAGGGCUACUGCCUCCCAUGGGAGCAGCCGUGUGGGAGCAGCAGCGAGGGAGAUGACGGCAGCACAGGGGAACAGGGCUGCUUCUCAGAGCCACAGCGCUGUGAUGGCUGGUGGCAUUGUGCGAGCGGCCGGGAUGAGCAGGGCUGUCCAGCAUGCCCUCCGGACCAGUAUCCCUGUGAGGGUGGUAGCGGCCUGUGCUAUGCACCUGCCGAUCGUUGCAACAACCAGAAAAGCUGCCCCGAUGGCGCCGAUGAAAAGAACUGCUUUUCCUGCCAGCCGGGCACCUUCCACUGUGGUACGAACCUGUGCAUCUUUGAGACAUGGCGCUGUGACGGUCAGGAGGACUGCCAAGAUGGCAGCGAUGAGCACGGCUGCCUGGCUGCCGUGCCCCGCAAGGUCAUCACCGCCGCCCUCAUUGGUAGCCUAGUAUGCGGACUGCUGCUUGUUAUUGCCCUAGGCUGUGCCUUCAAACUCUACUCCCUGCGCACGCAGGAGUACAGGUGGGCACCACGUGGUGGCCUGGCGCCCCGGUUCUUCCGUUUCCCUGGAGAAAAUCGCACUACAUUCCAGGCUAUGGGUUGGGUCAUCCCGAUACAGGAGGACUGUUUCUUUGUGUGCAUGGCCUUUGAGACCCAAAUGACACGUUUAGAGGCUGAGUUUGUGCGGCGCGAGGCGCCCCCAUCCUACGGUCAGCUCAUCGCACAGGGCCUCAUACCACCCGUUGAGGAUUUUCCUGUCUACAGUGCAUCCCAGGCUUCAGUGCUACAGAACCUUCGCACAGCCAUGCGACGACAGAUGCGUCGGCAUGCCUCCCGCAGGGGGCCAUCUCGUCGCAGACUGGGCCGCCUCUGGAACAGGCUCUUCCACCGGCCACGGGCACCUCGAGGCCAGAUCCCACUGCUGACUGCCGCCCGUACCUCACAGACCGUGCUGGGUGAUGGGCUCCUCCAGGCAGCACCAGGGCCUGUACCAGACCCCCCAGUGCCCAAUACAGACACAGGCAGCCCCAGGGAGGCUGGAGAUGGGCCUCCUAGUGGCUCUGGCCAUGCACCAGAAGUGGGGCCUUCAGUGCCGCCCCCGCCCUUGAACCUUCGAGACCCAGAGUACAGGCCAGAGGACAAGGAGAGAAAGGCCUGUGUGGACCCUCUGGAAGACAGUCCAGCCCCUGUGGACACACCUCCAGAGCCCUGCUUGGCCCAAGACCCCCACCCCCAGACUCCCACUGCCAGUGGCAUCCAAGAUCCCCACUCAGCAGAGCCACUGGGGGUCUGCAGGAGCCCUCCACCAACCUGCUCCCCAAUAUUGGAGGCUAGUGAUGAUGAGGCCCUGCUGGUCUGCUGACCCAUUGGACACACUGGUGACUGCCACAGCCCCGCUUUGGAACCAGGGAAUACACAGUCAUUUCUACCCUGCCUCUGCAUUCUUUCUUACAGAGACCCACCUAGCAGCUCCGGUGAAGGGCCUGGGCACUCAGUCAGUGGGCUACCUGUGCAGUCCUAUUGCUCUGAAGGGCAUUACUGUCAGGGGCUUCGGGGGUGGACCUGGGAAAGAGGGACCGACCACCUUUGAGAUCAGCAUGAGCAUAGCCCCUUGGAGUCUCACAGCAAAUUGCUCCCUGCUACACUAAUCUCGGGACUCAUUUCCAGAAAAGCAGGAGAGCCAGAACCAGGCUUUCCGGAAUGUUUUCUGUGGCUUCUCAGUUUAUCCACCCUGCAGUGGCACCAGCUGCUCAUCCUCAGACCUGUGCCAGGAGCUGUAGUUGAGGCCUAAAAAGGCCAUGAGAGGGGUAGGGUGGACCUCAUUCAUGGUGAGUACUAUAUUCAUCCUUCCCCACAGGGUCCCUAGGAAAGAUGGGCUAGUGGCUUCUGCCCCAGUCUCAUGCCUAUGGUGGCAGCAUAGGCCUGGCUAGGCUGGGUCAGUCCCCAAGUAUCAUGGGUAAGGCUAAAAGUAUGAGAUAGGAUGACCACAAGAGAGGCCAUUCUAUGCCUUCAAAGGAGACAGAAGCCAAGGUACUGGCUGACAAUGGAAAUAACCAUUCUGUCUUGCCUCAGAGUCUCAGUUUCCCCACCUGAAGAGAGGGCUGUGCUAUCAUAAGUAAUAGCAUUCACUCUGGUGAUUUAUGGGAAGGACAGUAGUUCCAGCUGGGGAAUUUCUGGGUUCUUCUGGAUGGCCAAGUUCAAGGUGGCGUGGAGGGUUAUGGAUGGAGCCUCAUUGUCUUCUAUGGGCCCCAUGGAGCCAGCCUCAGGUUCAACCAGCAAAACCCACUAGGGCUGAAAACCUCCUCCAUAGCACCUUCCCAGCUAGCAACCCAUAUACCGCGCUGAGGCAUGUCUCCAUGAACUCCCCUUACACACAGAACAACCAGCCCUGUUUAUUUACAGACUUUUCUGGAGAAGCUAGCAGGGCAUUGCUAAGGCAGGAAGCCCGACCCCAGUGGCCAGUCCCUUACAAUAGGCCUCUAAGGGUCGGGUCUCUUUUUUUGUGCAGAAAAAAAAAUUUUUGAAAACAAAACAGAACACAAACCCCUUCUCAAUAAACAACAUGUAAACAGAA